UUCAGUGGAAAGUUGAAAACGUCGAAAUUGAUGCAAGUAACUUGUGGAUCUUGUUGGGCAUUUAGCAUUACCACAGGAUUUGUCGAAGGGGCCAACUUUAUAGCAACUGGGAAGCUUGUCAGCCUUAGCGAGCAACAACUUGUGGAUUGUGAUCACAUGUGCCAUGCAACGGGCAUGACUUCCUGUGACAGUGGAUGCGGUGGAGGCCCAAUGACCAAUGCCUACAAAUAUUUGAUGGAGGCCGGUGGCUUGGAAGAGGAGGAGACAUACCCUUACACUGGAAAACCUGGUGAAUGCAAGUUCAACCCAGAAAAAGUGGCUGUGAGAGUCGUCAACUUCACAAAUAUCCCUCUUGAUGAGAAUCAAAUUGCAGCCCAUUUAGUCCACCAUGGUCCUCUUGCAGGUGAGAAUUUUAAGUUCUGGUUUAGAUCUCUAGGGGAAGCGAGAACCCAGGAAACAGACAUUCACCGGUCACCACCUCUGUUAACAUACGCUCCUCUCCACCACCCUGUUAUGCUGCAUGCGCCUAGAGGAGUCCUGAAGCACUAGCUGAGAUCCAGGCCUCGGUAUCGUUCAAGCUCAAUCUGCAUGACUCGCUUGCCGCGUUGAGCGGCUGGGAUGCUUCCACACCAUCCACUCCCUGCAACUGGCGAGGCAUUGCCUGCUAUAAUGGUCGAGUUAGCGAACUCCGCUUGCCUCGUCUUCAACUCGCUGGCCAACUAACCGACCACCUUGGUAAACUCACCGAACUCUACAAGCUUAGCCUUCGUUCCAACGCCUUCUUCUCUUUCUAAAUGCUCCCAUCUUCGCGACCUCUUCUUGCAAUACAACUCAUUCUCCGGUCGUCUUAUGCCGGAGAUCUUCAACCUCACUGACAGCCAUGAG